UGUUCGUGUGAGUCACACACAGCGUUCCCCGCUGUUUAAGAGAAGGUCUUUCCUCUCAAGCCUGCGGCAGUCUCAGUUUGGGACCAAGCUGCUGACACAGGGGCGACCUCUCUUCACCUGGUGGACGCAAACUGUCAGCCUCAACCAUGGCCCGCAUGGAUCAGGUCAUCACAAACAUUGUGGACAUUUUCAUGGAGUACGCUGAUGACGGUGGCAAGAAAUGUCAGCUGAACAAGGAGGAGCUCAAAAAGCUCUUCGAACAGGAAAUCCAGAGCCCCGACUUAAAGGAUAAAAUCAGUGCAGGUGACAUCGAGGAAGCAAUGGAGAUGUUGGACAAAAACCACGACGGAGAGGUGAACUUCCGCGAGUUCUGUCGGUGUGUGACAGAGCUCGCUAAAUGCUACUACCACAAGAAGACGGGAAGGGGAGGGAGAAGAGGCAGGGGGAGAAACCAGGAGGGGGAAGAGGGAGAAGGCUGAAGAAACUAAAAGGUCCAACCAAAUAAGAGAAAAAUACUAGAUGUGGUACUGCUGACUCUUCAAGCUGCUGAAAAAAAAACAACUUUUCUUGUUUGCUGGUUUCCAAAGUAACGUGCAUAAUGUCUGAAAAUAAAUUAUAGCUAUGAA